CCGAAGUUUACGCUGGCCUAUCAUUGCUUUCAUCUGUCAUCCCAUUAAAAACCUUGCCUCUGGCCAAGUGAUGUGCCUGGGAUAAUCUCUGCUACAAGGCUUUGGUGUGAAGGCAGGCCUAUCAAGCCGGUUGGACUUUCAAACAUCCCCAAAGAGUCGUUCUGCUCUCUGAAGUUCGAGCUAACUGAGACUUUCUCAUUGAAGCCUCCUCCAAAGGCCGAUUGAAGAGAAGCAUACACAUUGCAAAGGGAGAAAAAUAAGAAGGACGAUCAAGAGACAUCAGCUCGUUGGGUGGUGAUAUUCGUCUUCGACAACGUGACGGUCGGUACCAUGGCGUCCCGCAAUCGUUCGAGGUCCCUGUCGACCCCUUCUGAGGGUGAGAUCAUCGAAUCAGGCUCAGAGAUGAAGGCAACUGCGUCAAAACCUCCUCUUAAUGGCACCAGCGUUGACCGUCCCCCCAGAGAUAGUACUUCCUCUGCGCUCCGAUCUCCAUCGCUGAGAGGCAGCAGAUCGCCACGCCGACGCAGGUCAUGGACAAGAUCCCGAUCCCACUCUCGCUCGCCCUAUCGUGACAACAGAGGUUACAAGCGCAGACGCGACGACGAGUAUGAUGGGCAAGAGGGUCGGAACGCCCGGCAGGAGCCGUCCCGACGUUUUGGGUCGAGGUACGACGAUAGACCGUAUGAUCGAAACGCCCCCUCCCGCCGACAGAAAUCGUACUACGACUAUGACCGCGAGGAGAGCUACGGAGGUGGUCUGCAGUACACCGAUGACUACGACCGACGCAGGGAUAAGCGACCCCGUACUCAUAGCCGAUCGCCCUACCGCGAAGUCAGAAAGCCAAAGCAGUACGAUGAUCCGAACCCGAAUGUGGAGGGCACGCGGCCCCAGGCGGACACUAGGCGCGGACUGUCUUAUGAACAGGUAGUGAGCGAACGAGGAAAGACCCCAGCUGGCGCUCGGGAUCCCAAGCUUGGUGCUGAAACACGAGAGAAUCAGGUGCAGCAUGCUCUCCCAAAACGUGCCCGCUUUUCCGAUGAAGCAGAUAUUCCCAUGUCAGAACCCGCGGAAGAACCGGAGCCAUCCGAACCAAUGGACGAAGCUGCUGCUCUGGAGGCUCGUCGCAAGCGACGCGAGGCCAUUAAAGCGAAGUACCGAAGUCAAGCGACUCCCAUGCAUCUCAAGGCCCUGCAGGUUCCCGACGGCGAGACAGAUUCAUCGACACCUGGUACUGAGCCAACAAGUGCCCAAGAUAUGUCCGACUCCCCAAAAAUGUCACCCGUACACACGCCAAGGGAGCAGAUUGGAGAUGCCUUCUCUGAUUUCACGAUCAGUAACGAUGCAGAUUUGGCCAAUUCUAAUGCUAUCACGGACGGAACGGAGAAGGAUGAACCAUCUGCCGCAGAUUACGAUCCGAUGUUUGAUACAAAGGAAGAAAGACAAAAGCUUGAUGGGGCACAAACCACAAACGGUGAUGUCUCGUCUGCCGCGUAUGACGAAACGCAAACGUCGAGACAGGAUAUUCUUCUCCCCGAUACCCCCGCUCAGCAACCACCUCCAGCCCCGAAAGAGAAAGACCCUUACGACAUGUUCGCUGACGACGACGACAUGUUCGCUGAGGAUACUAAGGACGAACAGCCCACGCAUGCCUCGGCAACAGCCGUGCCUCAGCCCCAAGAGCUGGAUAUCAGCAUGAUGGACAACUGGGAUGACCCAGAAGGUUACUACAACGUGCGGCUCGGUGAGUUGAUCAACGGCCGCUACCACGUCCAGCAAAAUCUCGGCAAGGGAAUGUUCUCCUCUGUCGUUCGAGCCAGCGAUUCAGUUACCGGGAGUUUGGUCGCCAUCAAGAUCAUCCGUCAGAACGAUACGAUGCGCAAGGCUGGCAUGAAGGAGAUUGGGAUCCUGGAGCAGCUUCAUGAGGCUGACCCAGAAGAUAAGAAGCACAUCAUCAAAUUCGUACGCUAUUUCGAACACAAGGGCCAUCUGUGCAUGGUUUUCGAGAAUCUGAGCAUGAACCUGCGUGAGGUGUUGAAGAAGUUUGGUCGUGAUGUCGGGCUGAACCUCCGUGCCAUCCGCGCCUAUGCCCAACAGAUCUUCUUGGGUCUGAGUCUGCUUCGCAAGUGUAACAUCCUGCACGCAGACCUCAAACCCGACAACCUGCUGGUCAACGAGCAACGCAAUAUCCUCAAGGUCUGUGACUUGGGUUCUGCCUCCCCAGCAUCCGAAAACGAGAUUACACCUUACCUUGUCAGUCGCUUCUACCGUGCCCCCGAGAUUAUCCUGGGUAUUCCUUACGACUAUGCAAUUGAUGUGUGGUCCAUCGGCUGCACCCUCUUCGAGUUGUACACCGGCAAGAUUCUCUUCACGGGCCGCAACAACAACCAAAUGCUCAAAUCUAUCAUGGAAUGCCGCGGCAAAUACCCGCCCAAGGUCCUCCGCCGUGGCUCUCUGGCACACCUUCACUUUGACGACAUGCUCAACUUCCACAGCGCCGAAGAAGACAAACUCACUGGUCGUCCAGUGACCAGAGUAAUGGAUUUCAAAAAGCCGACCCGCGAUCUGAAGACACGUCUGAUGGGCAAGGGAACUAGGGGUAUGUCUGAUGCUGAUGCCAAAGACUUGACGCUGUUCGUGGAUUUCCUCGAUCGCUGUCUGACUCUAAAUCCUGAGAAGCGCUGCACACCUGCUGAGGCGCUGAAGCAUCCCUUCUUGAACCGGAAGUAGGUGUUGUGAAAUGAUAUUAUGAUGGCGUUGUUAUCCGGACGACGGAAUUAUCAUUUUAUGUGCAUAUCUUAGAGGUUUUGGCUUAGUUUAAUUUAUUAUUAGCAUGG